ACGCAAUCACGUAGUUGUCCUUUCCUGUUAUUAGUUAGUUUUAGCUAAGUAAACAAAUUGGUAUAGUAAAUAGUAUACUGUAUAGAUCUACUACUAUAGACUAUAUCUAGAGCUAGAUUCAAAUAAAAAGACUGCAUGUUCUUUUCAUCUUAGACAUGAAUAGUCUUUCGAUAGCAAGAUAUGCUGAGAGUCGGCAAAUUUUAAGGCAACUUAUAUUACCACGAUUGAAGUCUGGAUGUAACACUCAAACUGUUACUGUUCGAAGUUAUCAAUCGUCAAUUAAAUCUGGAUGUACAUUAAGAUUUAACUCAUUGCAGAAAAUAUCUGAUGAAAGCGGGUCAAGAUGUCAGCAUUUAGAACAACAGAGCAUAAGCCGACGAUACUAUAGUCCUAUUGUUGAUGAAGGGGCAGCCACUCACAAGCCUACACCAUUACAGCAGAGGAUGUUGGUAUGGGAAAAGUUUUAUCCAUCGCUAGAUAAGGUCCCGGAUAGAGUAAGCAAAGGUCAAAUGAAAAAAGCAAUGGACAAAUUUCGAGUUCGGUGCUCCUUGUAUAUGAUAGCCCUUACACUGAUAUCUGCUGCCAUAAUGGCGACCAUAGGAAGAAUGGAGAGAGAUCAAGGCAACAGUGUCGCAAAGAUAAACCAGUCCAGAUAUAGCAAAACAUGAGUGUUUUUUUAGUCUGGUGUCAAUAAUGUCACCAUUAAAUAACUUUGACAAGUUUACAUAUUGUAUGUUUGCUGUGUACAGCAAUGAAUUAGAAACAGUUCACCUGCAUAAUGUUAUGUCAGUGAGAGAAUGGGGCUAUACAUUAAGAGUCUGUCUUUAUUUUUAAUUUCUAGGAAUUUUAACUAAUUUAAACUCCUUGCCCAAUAUUUGGACUCAAAUGUUACUUAUUGUUAAAAAAAUAAAUGUGAUUUCUCAAUGCUAAUGAAAUGAGGAGUGCGGCAUAAUUUGUUUUCACUUGAUUUGUGGACUAAGAUAAUUGCUGAAUAAUAGAUAGAUGUUUCAUGCUAAAUAUUAACUUUAACAUGAAGCUUUAAUGAAAUUUUAAUAAUAAUAAAAAAAAUUGUUAAAGCCCUUCACCAUAAAUUUAGCUGCAUCAGUUCAUUGAACAUUAUUAAUGUAAUGUUUGUGAUACAUAUACUUUUAAAUGUCUUAAUAUGUCUUAUUCUUGAAGCAUUAAAAAUGGCAGUGUCCAGAAGUUAUUUAUGAAAUAUGCUACGCCAUUUAGAUCAGUGGUGUCCAACCUUUUUUUCUCCUGAGGGCCAUGCAAAUUUCAGACACAUGUCUCAAGAUGCAUCACUGAAAAAAAAAAUUCAUUUAGUUUCAUUUAAGCUAUCUUUUGCUGUGGUCAUAAGCUUUGAGGGGAUGAAUGAGCCCUACAUUAAAGGUCAAACAUAGGCCAUAGCUUGGGCAUCACUGAUCUGGGUAAUUAAUUUUUUCCCUCCUAUUCAUAACUAAAAUUCGAUUAAAAAAAAUGUUACUUUCCAUGUUUGAAGUAAUUCAGAAACAUUUUGUUUAAUGUUGAUCACAGCCAGUCUGCUUAAAUGUAUAAAAUAUAAUUCAUUAUGUGUUUUUGUGAAGUUGUUACCUUGUAUUCUUGAAUCUCUAUAUGUAGUAACAUAGUAGCAGUGGCACAAAGACUGUAUAACAAAUGUAGGAGAUAUACAAUGACUUUCCUGUUUCAAAUAAUGUACCAACUGGAGUUUGUGUUAUUAAAUCUUUAAAACAAA